AAGCUUCGUCUGUCACAUCGUGUCAAAUUGGUGACUUUGUAAUGCAUGUAAUUUAUAUCGUAAUUACGGUAUUUUUUUUGGAAGUAAAACAUGCAAAUGGUGCUUUUGCUUUGACGUUCUGAAAUAAAUGUUAAGUAUUAGUCAUAUAUAUUAUAAUGGCGGAAAACGAAGGUAUGUUUUAGAUCAAGAAUUGUAUUCAUCAAUGUGCACUGUUUGUACUAAAACUGCCUAUUUUCCAGAGAGCAACCUCCAGAAACCCGCGAAAACAAGCAAACAGCAUAACGUAUUACCAAUAUGGGGUAAUGAGCAAACUAUGAAUCUGAAUCCUUUAAUAUUAGCAAACAUCCAAGGUUCUAGCUACUUCAAAGUGCAUCUGUUCAAGUUGAAGACAUACCAUGAGGUAGUGGACGAGAUCUACUACCAGGUGAAGCACCUGGAGCCGUGGGAGCGCGGCAGCCGCAAGACCGCUGGCCAGACGGGCAUGUGUGGCGGCGUGAGAGGCGUUGGUGCAGGCGGCAUAGUGUCAACAGCAUUCUGCCUUCUGUACAAGCUGUACACGCUGCGUCUCACACGUAAGCAGGUCAAUGGCUUGCUGCAGCAUUCUGACUCACCAUACAUCAGAGCCCUCGGUUUUAUGUACAUUCGCUACACCCAGCCACCAGCGGACCUGUUUGAUUGGUAUGUGGACUACCUGGACGAUGAGGAGGAUAUCGACCCGCGCGCGGGCGGCGGAGGCCCCACCACUAUUGGAGCCCUGGUGAGGCAGAUGCUCAUCAAACUGGACUGGUUCAGCACACUCUUCCCGAGAAUACCAGUCCCGAUACAGAAACAAAUUGAACAGAAGUAGGUAUAGAUAUUUUCUCCUUUUGUUUAU